AUGUCUCAGCCGUCAGAUAAAGCCCAACCAGGUUGGCGCAUCCCUCGAGCAUGCCAGGAAUGUCGCAAGCGUAAAAUCAAAUGCAAUGGCCUGGCUCCGUGCAAAACUUGCCAAUUGCGCAAUACCUCUUGCAUAUACAGAGACUACAUUCGCCAACGGCGGAAGAAGUCCGGGAACGAGGAUGCUGGCCAGAGGAAUCCAACCCUGGGCUCUGCCAGUGGAAGCAUGGCAAAUGCACAGCCCACAGCUUCCGUUAUGAAUGAUUUCCCCAACAGUGUAUCGGCAACACAUAUGGCAUCGCCGUCAUGUAGGAUGCAACUAUACUAUGGACCGACCUCGCAUUUCUCUCUGAUGCAACAUAUCUACCGAGAUCUUGUCUCCAAUCCUACUGCGCGACCUGAACCAUCUGGCGGAGUGGAAGAAGCUGGAGCUGGCUUAGACUUGUUCAGUUUCCGUCGUAUCUUCUUUGGUACCCCGGACUUUUAUGAGGCUAGCAAGUCCCUCGACUCAGGGGAUAUGUCUAUGAUGUUCCUGCCAUAUGAUCUUGCUAAGCGUUUUCUUUCGCGACAUCUCUCCAGCCUUUAUCAUAUGCUGCCACAUCGCCCGAAACUAUACUAUGAAGAAUGUUUGGAUCGGCUAUACCACUCGUGUCCCACACAACAUCCAGAUACUCUUACUCAGGCGAUUCUUCUUUUGGCCAUGGCAAGUGCCGCACUUGGUACAGAACAGUUUGCUUGGGGCCAUGUGUUGUUUGAGCGUGUCAAGGCUUCCUUGGCCGCAUUUGAUGACGUGGUGAAUCUUCAGACCAUUCAAAUCUCGUUGCUUAUGAUAAGUCACUCUCCACCCAUGCUCUGUCUAUACGCUAAUUACCAAAACGAACAAGGCCGGCCGAACUCAGCAUUCUUGCAUCUAGGUUCUGCUUCGCGCAAAGCCUUUUCGGCGGGUCUGCAUAAGGACGUACCCCAUGAUGUUGAUCAAACACCUGAAAAUAUUGAAGAGCGACGAGUAACGUUCUGGUCUCUUUACGCCUACGAAACCUGGUUCUGUUUCCAUGCUGGCCGUCCUAGCUCCCUCUCUUUGAAAGAUAUUGCAAUCGAGUAUCCCCAGGAUCCAUUCAUUCGACUGUUAGCACAGCUUUGCAAAACGAUCAGUCGGUCCACUGAUGAGAUCUAUGCCCAGCGGCAUGAAUCUCUCUUGCACAUGUGGCGAGUCGCUCGGUCCAUUGCGGAGGAUCUCCGUGGCCACGAAGCGCACCUACAGCAAGCUUUGGGCUUUAAGCUUGAUGACUGUAUUCAGCCGGGAUCCCUUGGCGUUCGGCAAGCAAUCUUUAUCACUCUUUACAAUCAUACCCUCCUUCUUACCUUUCGUCCAUUCCUGAUAUUCCGCGGCCAUCUACAGCGUGAGAAAAACUUAACACUUAACCAGCCCAGCACCCAUGUAUCGAAUCGUCCCAGUGAAACGCCUUCCUGGCUCAAUGAAGCCUGUAAUCAUGCAAUAGCAACAGCCCAGAAGACGAUUCGCCACCUAUCUGAGUCUUCUAGGGUCAACGAUCUCGUUCGGGAAUUGCGAUACCACGGGUAUUUUUUGACCAGCUCUUCAUUCACUUUAAUCUACGAAUUCCUCCACAACCCGGAUGUUGCGCCUGCCUAUCUGCCAUGGGUGCAUGCUUCAUUGCAAACCAUGACAACUAUGCGCCCCGGUGAUCCUAUUACAAGCUCAAUCUUAGCUGUGCAGACUGUUCUCCGGAAGAUGAAUCCAUCAUACGAAUGGAUACCUUAUUUGGGACUACGCGGAGAAGAUGUUGGAUAUCCGGGCGCGGCAGCUAUACAACAAGGCCCCAAUCUCGAUCGCAGGGACAGAUCACUGCUCAACGACCCUGCACCUCCUCAAAGCCAGCCUCUGGGGAUGCGACCCGACCUACCAACACCCUUUUGGAAUAUUCCCUAUCCAGAGAAACCAGAUAUCCUGGAAACUGGAGGCUCCGUGGGCUCUGGGGAAGACUUACUUGAUUUCACCCAGUCUGAUAUGGGCUGGGAUUUCGACUUUUCGACCAUGGACCUGGAGGCCUUCUUUUCGAUCUAUCAGUCAAAUGAUGCCCCGGUUCUUUGA